CAUCGAUUGGCUGCGGUAAUCGAUAGCCUAGCGAAGAGCACUAAAAAACGCCAUUGCUGUUAAUCAGGUUAACAUUUUUUAUCGGUGUAGGCAUGGGACAUUUGUAAAUCUAAAAAUCAAAUUCCAGAUACCAAACGCCCGAGUGUAAAAUGAAAACAAACCCACAGAAAAAAGAAUGUUUAAAAAAUGGACAGCGAAAAAUAGACGGUUCUAACUUUCCAGCCAGAAGAAUACCCAACAAUGUUUUAAAACGCACUCUUGAAAUCGCAACCAGCUCAGAAGAUGGCUUUUGGCUGAAUAAAAACACAUCGUGUGCUCCAUCAACCAACUACGAAUUAUACAGUGGGACAAAACGGUCCGUUACCUCAGAAAAACUGCGGUUGGCACGAGAUUGCCUUAUGCAGCGGGAUUAUAAGAAUUUGGCCAAAAUUCUGGCCUCCAAUCAUUUCGGGGACACUUUACUUCAAAAGGCCUCAUUCACAGUCUUUAUGGAAUACGCCGGAUGUCUUCAAAAAUGCCCAAAACUGAAGGCAAAGACAGCAGCAAAAUCACAAAAAGAACAGACUCCUCCAAAAAAUUCCACAGUUGAGGAGAAAACAUUACAAUCUAUAUCCUAGAUUUAAUCAUUUAAUAAUUAAAAAAAAUAAUUUUAUAUCGAUUUGUAAUUUUAUACUUUCACUAAGUCAACCAACCAAUUAAAACGAUUUUCUAUUAUUUUUGGUAAAAACACAACCUUAUAUAUGUGUAUGUGUAAUAAGCGUUAUGUUCUUCCUUUUAUUUGACUUAAAUAUAAUAUCAAUAUCUUUAAGGUUUUGCUAAAUAAAUACUGAAACGUGUGUACAAAA